UAUUCUUUCUGUCUCUGUUUCUUUCCCCUCUUCAUUCCCUUUUCAUUCUCCCUUUCUCCUUUUACCCCUCUUCCCCCUCUCUCAACCAUGACCCUUUUAUCAGAGGACCAGUCAGUCAGGCCCCAACCCUGCCGGCUCCCAGAGCCUGGCAAACACAACAGCAGUUCUUUGCACCAGUACUCAACAGACUACACUAACUCAAAAGAGGACUACAUGGACAGUGUGGAGGGUGCCGUUUUUGGAGCCGUGGAGCCCCCCAGGCGCUCACGAGGCCGCCUUAUCCUCCAUGGCUCGGUCAUGUUUGGAAGGGAAUUCUGCUAUGCUGUGGAGGCAGCAUUUGUCACACCGGUGCUUCUGAGUGUGGGCCUGCCCCGCAGCAUGUACAGCUUGGUGUGGUUAAUCAGCCCCAUCUUGGGCUUCCUGCUUCAACCCAUCAUCGGCUCGGCCAGCGACUUCUGCCGAUCGUCAUGGGGCCGGCGGAGGCCUUACAUCCUGGCUCUGGGCAUCAUCAUGCUCGUGGGGCUCACCCUGUUCCUCAACGGAGAUGCUGUCAUCUCAGCACUCGUCAGUAACAGGUCAUUGAAGAGUAUAUGGGCCAUAGUGGUGGUGAUGGUUGGAGUCGUACUGUUUGACUUUGCUGCAGACUUCAUUGACGGGCCCAUCAAGGCUUACCUUUUUGAUGUGUGUUCACAUCAAGACAAGGAAAGAGGUCUGCACUACCAUGCUUUACUCACAGGCCCAGAAGAGGAUGACAUUCAGGUCAAUGAUGAAAACUAUCAUCAACAUGCCUCACCAUUACCGCUGCCUGUGUAUCAGUCACCUAUUGGGAUGGACGGCCUUCCUCUGCAAUAUGCUCUUCUUCACCGAUUUCAUGGGACAGAUCGUAUACAAGGGAAAUCCUUAUGCUGAUCACAACUCAACAGCCUAUGCCACAUAUGAGAGAGGAGUGGAAGUGGGCUGCUGGGGACUGUGUAUUAAUGCUGUGUCUUCUGCGCUCUACUCCUAUGUGCAGCGCUUCCUUCUCCCAUACAUCGGCCUGAAGGGGUUGUAUUUCGUUGGCUACUUUGUGUUUGGUAUGGGCACCAGUCUAAUUGGACUCUUCCCCACCGUCAUUGCCACGC